UACAGUCUGGUGAACAACGUCUUCCUGAACCCUCACAUUAUCUUUUCCUCUCUUUGUGAAUUAUUUGGCUCUGAUGGGAAAUCAAACUUCUCAGUCUGAAUUCAUUUUGCUUGGCCUGUCGGACCUCACAGAUUCUCAGAUCCCAGUAUUCCUUCUGAUCCUCCUCAUCUAUGUGACCACACUUUUUGGGAAUCUUCUCAUCAUUUUCCUGGUGGUCUCAGACCCCCACCUGCACACCCCCAUGUACUUUUCUCUAGGAAACAUCUCAGUUUUAGACAUCUUCAAUUCCUCCAUUGCAACAUCUCAUUUGUUUUCUUACGCCAUCACUGGAAAUAGGCAAAUUUCAUACCCAACUUGUAUCUCGGAGGUCCUCCUCUUCACCUGGUUUUCUAGCACUGAGUUCUUUAUACUUAAUUUGAUGUCCUAUGACCGCUAUGUUGCCAUCUGUCAUCCUUUGCAUUAUACAACCAUGAUGAGCAUUCACUUGUGUGUUCAGAUAGCGUUAUUUUCCUGGCUCUUCCGAUUUGUCUGUUGUUUCGUACAUACGUUUUUGGCACUAAGACUGGCCUUCCCGGAUCUCACCACCACCAUCCCUGGCUUGUUCUGUGAAUUAUUUCAGCUCCUUCAACUAUCAUGUUCUGACACUUACCUCAAUUAUUUACUUUUAUAUGUUGACGCUGCGGGUUUUGGAGUCACUAGCUCUUUCGUUACUUUGCUCUCCUAUGUCUACAUUUUCAAAACCAUCCUGAAAAUUAAAAUUAAGGAAGGAAGACGGAAAGCUUACUCCACCUGCAGUUCCCACCUCACGGUGGUCUUCAUCUUUUAUGGGACUGGUUUUUUCAACUACUUUCACCCCAAAACGAAGGAUUCUCUGGCAGGUAGAUUGGUCUCUUUAUUUUACACAGUUGUCACCCCCCUCCUAAACCCGAUUAUAUACAGCCUGAGAAACAGGGACCUAAAAGGCGCUCUGCGGAAAACUCUCUCCAGAAUGGCCUUCACGCCAUGAACGA